AUGGGCGAAGAGGUCGAGAAGCACAUCCUGCGCAAGUACGACUUGCUGCAGAAACUCGGCAAGGGUGCGUACGGCAUCGUGUGGAAAGCGCUCGACAAGUCGUCGCGGCAGCCCGUCGCGCUCAAAAAGUGCUUUGAUGCGUUCCGCAACGCGACGGACGCGCAGCGGACGUUCCGCGAAAUCAUGUACCUCCAGGAGCUCCACGGACAUGCCAACAUUGUGCGCCUCUUGAACGUGAUCAAGGCCGACAACGAUCGCGACAUCUACCUCGUCUUUGACUUUAUGGAGACGGACCUCCAUGCCGUCAUCCGCGCCAACAUUUUGGAAGAAAUCCACAAAAAGUACGUGACGUACCAGCUCAUCAAAGCGCUCAAGUUCAUGCACUCGGCGGACCUGCUCCACCGCGACAUCAAACCGAGCAACUUGCUCCUCAACGCGGACUGCCACACCAAGUUGUGCGACUUUGGGCUGUGCCGGUCCGUGUCCGAGGUGAGCGGGCCGAACCCGGUCCUGACCGACUACGUCGCGACGAGGUGGUACCGCGCGCCCGAGAUCCUCCUCGGGUCGACGCGGUAUACGAAAGCGGUCGACAUGUGGGCCGUCGGGUGCAUCGUGGCCGAGAUGGUGUCUGGUCGGCCGACGUUUCCCGGCACGUCCACGAUGAACCAACUCGAGCGGAUCCUCGAAGUCACGGGCGCGCCGACGACGGCCGACAUCGAGUCGAUCAAGUCGCCGUUCGCCGCGACCAUGCUCGAGAGCUUGCCGCCGCCCAAGACGCAAACCCUCGAGGAGCUCCUGCCCAAGGCGACGCCCGACGCCAUUGACAUGAUUCGACAGUGCCUUCACUUUGACCCGACCAAGCGCAUCUCGGCGGACGACGCGAUCAAGCAUCCGUUCGUGACGCAGUUUCAUGUCGACAAGGACGAACCCGUCGCGACCGCGCCGUGCCAAAUCGUAGUCGAUGACAACACCAAGUUUUCGGCCGCCGACUACCGCGACCGCCUCUAUCGUGAAAUCAUCAAGAAAAAGAAGGAGGUGCGCCGGCAGAGCACGCAGCAGCAUGUGCCACCAGAUGCGCCUGGUGCCACGGCGGCGGCGGCACCAGUCAAGUAA